GCCCUCCCGCCUGGAGGGAGCCGCGUGAAUAUGUGAGCCUUUUCAUCCUAAAGGAAUUACCACCGCCCCAGGAAUAAUCCUGUUGUUGUACAUGUUGCUUGGCUCACAGCGAUGUUUUUGGGGUUCUUCUGUGGAGUCAGGCCCGACCGGGUGGCUGCCGAAGUUUUUUUUGUCGGUUGAUACCUAGAAAGUUAUGAAGGGAAGAGACUGCAUAGAGUUAAUUUAAGCCACCUAUGUAGUGCCUGACUGUUGGCUAUCGUUCACGGGCGCUUCACAAAAGGAGGUUACUGAUUGACCUGAUGCCUGAGAACAGCACUGAGCAGCCAGCAUAGGCUACACAGCACCAUUUUUCCUCUGGAUUUAUACAGCUGCUGGCAGAGCAGACUCCCAGGGCUUAGAUGGACACAGCAAUGCCCUACAACUCUCAGAAUAGGGUGGCGUCUCCUAUGGUUAUACAGAUCACAUCCUAAAUGUACCAUUCACUUGCUUCCUACAGAACCACAAAUCAGCAGCUCCUUAAGGACCCAGUUGAGGAAAGUGAUUCCAGACAGCUAAGAAAUGUACAAAUAUAUGGGAAAGAGAUUUCCUCUGCCACGGAACUUUCAACAUCUAAAUAUAUAAUGAGAAAUGGAUUAUGAAAGCAUGAAGUGGCAUGCUCAUUGCUGUUUGAACUCACACAGUGAUUCAUUUAAGUCUUCUGCUCAACUGCUGGUAGAAUGCUUGACUGGUGAGGAAAUUUUUUCAUUGCAUGGGGUACCGAACAACAGUCUCGUAUCGUAUUCAAACUUCUCCACGAUAUGUCCUGCUGUUUUGCAACAGCUCGUUUUUCACCCAUGUGAUGAUCAGGAAAAUUUUGUGGAUACAUCCAAACCACAUUCUUUACAAGUUUGGGGAUUUGGGUUCCUGGCUGUGACUAUCAUUAACUUGGCAUCACUUCUGGGAUUGAUUUUAACUCCCCUAUUAAAGAAGUCAUAUUUUCCCAAGGUUUUAACCUACUUUGUGGGUUUGGCCAUUGGUACUCUCUUUUCUAAUGCAAUUUUCCAGCUCAUUCCAGAGGCAUUUGGGUUUGACCCAAAAGUAGAUAACUACAUUGAGAAAGCAGUUGCAGUGUUUGGUGGAUUCUAUAUUCUGUUCUUUGUGGAAAGGAUUCUUAAAGUCAUAUUGAAGAUCUAUAACCAGACUGGCCAUAAUGACUCUGAAAACAGUGGACAGAAUCGUUCUCAGGAGAAGCCUAACCCACCCAAAACACUGCCAUCCAGCAAUGGGGGGACAUGUUAUGCAAAUUCAGCCGUCAUAGAGAGCAAUGGAAAUCUUGGUUUCGACAGCAUCAGUGUGGUCUCAGCACAGGAAGAAGCCACCCAAGCCAAUUUAUGCAAGUGCCUUAAUGGGCGUCCACUGUCAAAGAUUGGUACCAUUGCUUGGAUGGUAACACUGAGUGAUGCUGUACAUAAUUUCAUAGAUGGUUUGGCUAUUGGUGCUUCCUUCACUUUGUCUCUGUUUCAAGGGCUUAGUACCUCCAUAGCCAUCUUGUGUGAAGAGUUUCCUCAUGAACUGGGGGAUUUUGUCAUCUUGCUUAAUGCAGGAAUGAGUACUCGGCAGGCUCUGUUUUUCAAUUUUCUGUCUGCAUGUUCCUGUUACAUUGGGAUGGCGUUUGGUAUAUUAGUAGGCAACAACUUUGCUCCUAACAUCAUCUUUGCCGUAGCUGGUGGAAUGUUCCUGUACAUCUCUUUGGCAGAUAUGUUCCCAGAGAUGAAUGAUAUGCUGCGAGAGAAAGUGACAGGAAGAAAGAUGGAUCUGACAUUCUUCCUUAUUCAGAAUGCUGGUUUACUAACAGGGUUUACUGCUAUACUGAUGAUUACCUUGUAUGCAGGAAAUAUUGAGCUGUGAUAAUGCAAGUGAAAAUGGAAUCAGUACUGAAGACAUCAAGUAAAUUACAAAUGGAAGACACUUGAAAUCCAUAAAGGGACAUUGUUUUAAUCUACUUCGUUUCAAAAUGGUGACAAGUCCUGUCCUGUCCCCCUUGUUCCAAAUAUGGGAAAUUCUUCUUUAGGACUUGCAGUCAAUCCAAAUAGUAGAAGCUGUCAACUUCUGUACCAUGCCAAAGAACCGAUUCUAAUGUUUGUAUUUCUACUUAAAACUAUCAGACAUACCUGAACUGUCACAGAGAAAGAAUGUCACUUGGCCAGUAGAAUUAUGCAAUACUUGCAACUCAAGACCAAAUGAAAGCUGAGGUCUUUCAGGGAAGAUGCUUAUUUAAAAGAAAAUAAUGGAGUCUCAUAUCCUUUUUUAACUGUGAUGAAGGCAAACAGUUUCAAACUAGUCAAUUUUCAUUACUCUUUUUUAUAGGAUUUGUCUGUGUAGUGUCCUCUUUCCCCACCAAAAAAGGAAUUAAUUAUAAAAAAUCAAACUUUUUCAGAGUAGGUACUAAUGAAGCUAAGAUUUUUAAUUACUAAUUAACACUGGAAGGAAAGAUACCAGUUACUGCUUUUGAUCUUUUCUCUUUAUAAGUGCACUAGGGAAUCGUUGAUUUAUUUUGAGAACCACUUUCCUGAAUUAGGGGGAACCUGUGUUAAAUUUAUGACAAUUUAUCAACUCCAUAAUAUUUUAGAAAUAUUGAAUAUUUUUAAAAACGUUCAAGCAUUUUGUAUUUUAUAAAAAAUGUUUUCUACUGAAGUUCCACAAAUAUCCCUUUUAAAAAUGAAUAUUUUAGGCUAAAGUUUUUAAAGAUUGUUAGUUUUAAAAAGUGAAAUUUAGAAAAAAACUUGCUAAAAUCAACAUUCCAGUAAGCUUUUUUGUAAUUUGAAUAAUUUCCUUGUGUGCAGUUGGGUGAAAGUAAGUGAUACUGAAAUAUACAAACUCUGAUCACAGUCUGUUGCAUGUGAGCUUUCUAAAAAUCAUGCUUUUAUGUAUGAGUUCUUCUGAAAUAAACAAUUCAGCUACUCUGGUGUUGUAAGAUGUGUGCAAGGAAAUUAACAAAAAAAUAUAUUGCAUUUCAGUUACCACUAAGCUUUAAAGGAAGUGCCAUUAUUCCCUUGUAAGUUACUUUCUUCAUUGAUUCUUAGGCAAGUUUUACAACUUCAGAGAAGGCAAUGUUGUUUCUUGACAUGUUUCCUGGCAGUAGGAAGUGAUAAAUCUUUUAUUUUUAUUCCAGUAUUAGAAUAUUUUUUCUGUCAGGUAAAAGACUUAUUUUAAUAUUUUGUUUGAAUAUCAUCUGUAAUUACAUUAGAAAAAAUGACUUCUCUAGGUGUCUGGUUUGAAAAGCUUUAAGUUAAACUGCACAGGACUUGUAACUGAUACUUAUUUUAAAAUAUGCUAUAAUGCUAAAUGUAAUUAUAGUAGUCUGGUACUUGCUGUAUGGAAAAAGCAUUUAUUAGUCACUCUAUGCCCUCUAAAUUUCAGUGAAGAAGAAACUUCUUAGCUAAAGAAAGUUUCACUGAAACUUGCAGCCAUUCCACAUUCUUUCCUUUAAUUCUUUCUUUUGUUAGAGUCCUUGGUUAUAAGCUGUUUGUAAAUGCUACUCUUGUAGAUAACAAGAAUGUAACUAUGACUGUUCAUUGACUUUUAAAAAUAAUUUGAUGAUAAUAUGCCUGCAUCAUACUUUUUACCUUUAAAUCCAAACAUUUGCAAGGGAGACUUGAUUUUUGUUAUCUCCCUACGGAGGAAAAAACUGAGACACAAGUCAUUGAAAUAACCUACUUUUAGAUCACAGAGCGGACUAGGGGUGGAACAAAGUAUGAUUUUUCAAGGUAGUGUGCUAGUCACAAACCAAAUUGCCUUUUCUGCUAGUGGAAUAUUUGGUAGGUAAGAAAGCUUUUUGAUUUCUCUCAAGCUGGUUUGUCUAUAUAAUCUUUGUUAUUAUGUUUGUCCAGUAUACAUACAAUAAAUCUAUUCCAAUUCUAGGA